GCCACUCACACCUACCUGCCCCGGACUGGCCCACGUUUCCUUGCACGUUUUACUACGGCCGGUCUUCGUCAUGUGGAUCCAGACUGAACCACCAUUGAUGUUCUCCGAAUUGCGUCAUGAUAAAAUAAUCCACGAUGAACUUCGCCCCGUUCACCGGUCACAUACCCACCGCGGCUGCUAUCCCCACUAUCCACCAGUUCGCAGCCAAGUUCGGCUAUGAAGGAACCAACAGCGGUGUGGUGCAGGAGACGCGGUACCAGAAUGGCGGUAACAACAGCACGGUACAGUUCGUGCCGGCGAGCAAUGUUGUGGACGGAGUGAAGUUUCGCCAAGCUGAAAGCGUGGUGGUGGUCAGCUCCGCGCAGCCGGGGACCGUCACCUUGGCUGGCAUCGCGCCUAUUCACACAGUGAACACAGGCGUGAAAUACCAGACGAUAUCGGCGUCAUCUUCAGUGAACCUGAACAACAUCCAGUACGGCGGGCAGGGCUACGUCCAGGAAGUGCAACUGAAGGAGCAGCGCAGCGACAAGCGGGAGUAUCGAGAGGAGCUGCACCAUGACCUCGUCACCGUCAUGCAGCAGCACCAAGUGACACAAGCGACUCCGCUGCAGCAAGGCACACAACAGUUGCUUGUGGUCCUACACGAGCCGAAGGAAGCCGCAGCUUUAGCGCGAGCCAUCAAACAAGAGGGCAAUCGACCCGAGCGCGCCGCCGCCACCGCUCCCGCCGAGUUUAUCAGCAUCGGCGAUGUAACGGACAGUUCGACGUGGCAAUCGCUCGGCGGGGGCGUGGCGGACUACCUCUCAGCAUUGCCUCUGCCUCUGCAUCAUCUACUGAAGUACUCCACCCCAGUCACCGUAGAGGCCAAGAGGGAAGAACAACAACCUACCAUUGUGACUGCUGUACCGUCUAACUCUCUACCACCUAUACCCAAUUUAACACCUAUAUCAGCGAACGCUGUGAACAGCGUAGUUGUCCAGACAGCCGCCGUCGUCAACCAGCCGGCGAGCAACGUCAACGUCGUCGUCGCGCCAAAGAAGAAGAAGAAAAAGAAAACUGCCAGGGAGAAGAAGCCGCGCCCCAAACCAGGGGAGAUACGGCUCACUACUGCUUUAGAUGGAAGCACCCUGUACUGCUGUCCAGAAUGCCACAUGGCUUAUCCGGAACGCGGGCUUCUAGAACAGCAUCUGGUCGGCCAUACUAUGGAGAGAAGGUUCAUCUGCGACAUCUGCAACGCGGCGCUGAAGCGCAAGGACCACCUGACGCGGCACAAGCAGUCGCACAACCCCGAGCGGCCGCACGUCUGUUCCGUGUGCCUCAAGGCGUUCAAACGUAAGGAGCAGCUCACACUGCACUUCGUCAUACACUCUGGGGAGAAGAGGCACGUCUGCAAUGAGUGUGGGAAAGGAUUCUACCGCAAAGACCACCUGCGCAAGCACACUCGCUCCCACAUCGCGCGGCGCGUGAAGGCGGAGCUGUCGGGGGCGGGGGCUGGGGCUGGGGCGGGGGCGGUGGAGGGGGGCGGCCGCUCGCCCCUCGCCGACCACAACCCCUCCUGACCGACCGAUGACAAAGCCGACCUCAUCACGCUCAUCGCCGCCGCCAAGGACACCUUCUGACUCGAGGACCAGGUAUAACGUUGUUUAGAGAUACUGUAUUUAAGUAAAUGGUUUUGUUAAAGAUGUCACACAUACUUUUAGACUAAUAAUGAGAUGAAAAAGUUCUGGAAUCGAUCGGGAAUUGAACCCACACCUCUAUCCGGUAUGUCCCGUCUAUCCGAAACAGUUCCAGAAUUUUUUCAUCUCAUUAGUAUUUCCGAAAACGGUAUUUAUUUACUUUUAGAAAAAUAAAAACAUUUAAAAAAAUAUAUGAGCGUUUUGUCCACGGCUGCGUUCAGCUCGCCGAAUCCCAUAUCCGAAAUUAUUUUAUCGGAUGUCGGAUCCGGUACAACAAAUGAGUGGACAAACGAUGUAAACCAGUCUAACACGCUCUCCCACGGCAAUAAUUCUGUUGCCGUUCAUACUUUAUGAACAAAAUUUAAAAUGUUUUUAUUUUAUUCCUUCUGUAUCGUAAUAUGUCACAAGGUCAAUCGACCAGAACACCUUGGUGGGGGACUUGUUCUGUCUUUGCGCAAAGUAAAUUAAUUUAAAUAAAAAAUAUAUUAAAUUUCAAAUUGUUAUUCAAAAUUGUUAGCGAUCGGAUAUAUUUAUUUCUACUUAUGCGUUUUUACUUGAAGGGAUAUUCUUUUGAGCCCGAAUCAAUCAUCUCAAUAGGGUAGUUGCCUAUGUAUAAAAUAUAAUAUAUGUAAAAUAUAUAACAAAUGUAUAUUUAAUUAGUCAAUUUAAUUUAUAGUAACAUAUAAUAUUUUUUGUUCCUUUUUGACUCCAACAUUUGUGACGUCACUUGUGCCAUACAAGCCACAUGGAAAAAAUUAAAAAUUAUCUGAUUUGACUUGAUUGCAACCACCCCAAUAGAAUAUUUAUUCUAUUAGAUGUGAUUUAUAUAUAUAUAUAUACAUUUACAUUCAAACGAAGUUUGAAUAAAUAACAAACGAUACGCAUAAUUGAUUUCUUUUUUUGUAAAAUUAGUAACAUGUACAAAAUUAAAAUAUUUAAUUUUUAUAAAAAAAAUAAUUUGGAAUGAGGGCUCGGGGUAGUCCAUUUCUUUGUUAAUUUUAAGUAGUUUUAAUAUUUAAAUUAAACCCUUCGUGAUUGAAAUGUACCUUUAGUAAUGUAAAAUGUUUAUGCAAUACCCAUUAGAUAGAUGUUAAAAUGUACUAAAUAUAUGUUGUAAAAUACAAUUUUAUAGUAUAGCGACAUGACAUUAUGUAUUUUUCUAGUCGAUCAAAAUUGUAUGGAUUUUGAUGUAAAUUCUCUAAAUAACUUUAGAAUGAAGUACAAAGCAAACUCGAAGUUUUUUAAAUAAAUGCAUGCGCACUCUGGCGGACACAAGACUGCUAUAGCAGUGGUAACAUUGAAACUUAUUUUGUGUCUCAUCGAGUAUCCGUCAGUUUAAAAUAGGCGAGUUCACUUUUGUUUCGAUUUAAUGUUCGGAUGGACGCGCGACGUCUAUGGCAGUUAUGACAAACUUUUAUCUCGUCGAGCGUCCGCGAAUGUGUUAAUACUCAUAUUUUUUUUGUUGUACCCUUUUUAUUAAUUUAGGUAUUAUUAAGAGUUGUAAGUACCUAUAUUGUUAAAGUUAAUCAUGAUAGUGCUUCCGUUUACUUUUUUAAACUACGCUUAUAAUAAACAUUGAAUA